AUGGACCACUUCACCUUGGAAUUCGAUGAUGAACAGGGUCCCUCACAACCCUCCAACCCGUCAUAUCUGCCCGCCUUUUCCAAUGGCAAUUAUGCCUUCGGCGCAAUGCUACCCCAGGAUGCAGAUCUGCCUCUCCAGAACUUUGCACGAUCACAGCCUUCGGAUCUGGAACGGACUAAUGUCAUUCCCACAUAUGGGAUUCCGAGCUCGGGGAUCUCAAUGCCAUUGAAUAUGGACGCCACCGAUGCCUAUGCCUACGAUAUCCCAACCACAUACCUGGCUACCACCAUAGGGAUGCCUCCGCAUAUCGAUCAUUCGCAGAUUCAACCUACAUACCCGUCCUUCCCCUCCAUGACUGUACCCCGUUAUUCUCAGCAGCUCGCCCCGCCAGCCCGCAAGGAACUAUACGAUAGCACAGACUCGACAGCCAAUUUCGAGGAUUCCGACUUUUCAGAUCGCACCAGCGACUGGUCACACUUGCACCCGCAGGUGCAGGUACAGCGGGCUCAGCAACAACCUCCGGAGCGCCGCCUGCCUGCCCAGCCGUACCGUGUAUCGCAACCGGUGCCUAUUCAGCCCAAGAAGCCCGUGACUGCCAAAAAGGAUAUCUCGCCGGGGCUCGAAAAGCCCGAGAUUGGCAAAACUGAACAUACCGGCAUCUAUUCGACGACUGGCUUUGACGUGCUGGGGGCGUUGGGCCGUGUGGCUAUGCGGCCCAACCCUAAAAUUAACAUUGGUGCGGUUGAUCUCUCAUGCGCCUUUGUGAUGUGUGAUAUCUUGGCCGAGGAUCAUCCAAUCGUCUAUGUAUCAGAGGCCUUUGAACGAUUGACUGGGUAUACUAAAGAUGAAAUCGUUGGCCGGAACUGUCGAUUCCUCCAAGCGCCCGACGGGAAGAUCAACGCCGGCGCCAAACGCACCUUUGUGGAUGGACAGACUGUCUAUCGGCUCCGGUCAACCAUCGACGAUCGCAGUGAGAUCCAGGCCAGUAUAAUCAAUUACCGCAAGGGUGGACAACCCUUCAUGAACCUCAUCACGAUGAUCCCCAUCCAGUGGGAUUCGGAUGUGUGUCGGUACUACGUCGGGUUCCAGGUCGAUCUGGUUGAAAAGCCCGAUGCGGUGAGGGGAAGAAAUCCUGAUGGUAAUUAUAACAUUAACUAUCGGCGCGAUCAGCUGCCACAGUAUAUAGUCCCACCACCAGAUUUAUACUCCUCACGACCAGACCUCGGGUUACGAUAUGGCCAUGACGAAGUGACUACCAUUCUCAACGCCAUGGGUGCGGCUGGCAAUGAUGUCAACCGCCACUACCUGGAUCGCAUCCUGGUUGAGAACACCGACGAUGUCAUCCAUGUGUUUUCAUUCAACGGUGAAUUCUUGUAUCUGUCGCCCUCUUGCCACAAGAUUCUAGAGUACGACCCGGUUGAGCUGAUCGGCAAACCCCUAUCCACCAUCUGCCAUCCCAGUGAUAUUGGUCCUGUAAUCCGCGACUUGCGGGCGAGCACGACAACAGCUCCAAUGAGUGUUGUGUAUCGUAUCAGACAAAAGCACAGAGGAUAUAUGUGGUUCGAGAGUCACGGCGCGUGGCACAUCAGCCCGACCCAGGGCCGGAGGCAUCUUGUCAUGACCGGCCGCCCACGACCCGUCUACACCUUGGAUCAGAUUGCCCGCCUGGGCUCAUCUACGGCGCUGGCCGAGAAUGAUGUCUGGGCCAAGAUUUCUUUGUCUGGUGUCAUUCUGUUCGUUACGACCAAGGUGAAACCGGUGCUCGGUCGCUCGCCUGACGAUCUGAUUGGUAAAGGCCUACAGGAGAUCAUGGAGCCCGAGACUGGUGGCAUUGCUACGAUUACGCAAGCCCUGGAGGCAGCCCGUCAUGGACAAGGAGCUGGCAUGGCCACCACUACGAGCGGCAAAGAAACGGAUGAACCAUCCUCAUUCAAACACCAGAUGUGGCAUAAGAAAGGCCAUGCCAUUUUAGCACAUACCACACUGUACGCCGGCGAUGCAGAGAAGGGAAUCAAACCGACCUUCCUCGUCGCCCAGAUCCGAUUUGCUCGAUCCUUCCCUCCAUCCGCCACCGCCAUCUCAGCCACCGAAGACAAAAGUCUCGGUGCGCUUACCGGCACCGCACGCAAUGCAACGCUCACCGUCGAUGAUCCCGCACCGUCCCGCCAGUACGGCGCCCUUGGUCAACGCAUGCCAGACCUAUCAACCCUCAUCGGCCUCAACGGUCUGCCCACUGGCAACCGCAGCAUUUCACCCUAUGGUAACCCAGAUACCUUCUUUACAGAGCUCAAUCCCACCCGCGGAUCAAGCUGGCAGAUCGAGCUACGCGAGCUAGAGAAGCAGAACCGCACUCUGGCCGAUGAAUUGCAACGCCUGCUGGCUCGCCGUAGGAAGCGUAAGCGCAAGCAGAGCGCUAUGGCAGUCGAGAAGUUUUGCGCCAUGUGUAGCACCAAGAACACCCCCGAGUGGCGGCGUGGUCCGAGUGGGAACCGGGAUCUUUGCAAUAGCUGCGGUCUGCGGUGGGCGAAGCAAGUCCGUGGCCAGGCGCAGGCGCAGGCCGCGGUCUCUUCUGCUACCGUUGACUGA